GUUAUGUUUAUAAUAUUCACAAUAUAUACAUGUACAUAUUGUAUGUGCUAAUGGCUAUUCGAAGUUCGUUCUUUCGCCAGUUUCAAUAUACAUUGUCAAUAAAUCACAUAAUAUUCAAAAACAUACAGAAGUCUGUCAUUAGUGACCUUUGGGCUAUCAUCAACUGAACAUCUAAACUGAAUUCGUGUACAGAAUUGUCGUGUACAGUAUUAUUACCUUCGCUUAUGUAUCCAGCAUUAUUUCUAAGUGAAUAUAACGAUUAAAGUAUUUAAAAAUUGUCAAUUACACGAGAAUAUUAUGUCGGAAAUAACUAAAACCUUGUAUUUAUAUCGUGGAAUGUACACAGAAAAUAAUUAUAAUCAGUUUUUCAAUCCGAAUAUCUGUCAUGUCUGCAAGAAGCCAAGUCAAAGCGAGUUAAUACCAUGUGAUUUGUGCGGCAUGGUCUUUUAUUGUUCCAAGGAGCAUCAAAUAAUCCAUCACAGUGCGCAUAUAGAAAUCUGUGCAGUUUUUACAACUGCAAGAAUAGAAGACUUGGAAUCAAGCGCUAGUUCUUUUAACUCAGAUGAUGAAUGGAGGUCAUUUCGAAAGAUAUUUAUGCAAGGCAUUCAGAUGAAAAUAAUACGUGAUCUAAAGCCAUACGAGAAAGAGAUAAUAAUGUGCCCAAAAUCAUGUCGCAUUUGUUAUCAACAGAUUAGUCUGCGAACUUGCAGGACCUGCUAUUCCGCCAAUUAUUGUGACGAGCACGAAUUGGUUUUAAAAAAAAAACACGAGUCAAUGUGCACGAAUUUAUUGGUAUUUCUGAAUUUUAAUUUCAUAAAUAUAAAUUUCAGACGUAUAAAUUCGUAUCCACAAAAUAUGAAGUUUAGCAAAAUAAAAAUAGAUUUUGAUGACAUGUUUACAUUUGUUAUUCAAUACAUUAAUUGCAAAAAUAGAAAUGUGAAAGUUUGGAAAGAGAAUUCUUAUUUAUAUUCAGAUUAUAUGUCAGCUGCUCUGACCCUAUUUUACGGGUUAAAGGAAUUCGCAAGUUCAUUUACAGAAGCUCAGAUUUAUAGACCAGAAUAUAAAGUUACCCGAUAUAUACUCUCCAGAAGUUAUACCUUCAUCGUACAUAUCAUAGGUGCGAGCAGAUGUAGCCAUAGGCUUACCAUCAUGGCAGAUUUUCUUACAUAUAUUCAAUAAAUUAAAAUUUAUAUGUGUUUAUAUGAGUUUAAAUUAUUCAGAUAAAAUUUUGUUUGGCUAAUGAUAAGUGCCUCACAAAUAUUACCGUGUUAACAGUCCUAAGGCUUAGCCUUCAGCAGAGCUGGAAGUGGAAAAUGUACAUAAGCCGAACAGAAAAUCAAGAUUCGACUAUUUUCUCGUUACUUUAAUUUUCAUCGUAAUUUUAUAUUUUACUUGAACAAAAUUGUAUUUGCAACUUAGUUAUGAUUUUUUCCGCAAUAUUUCAACACAAUAUUUCUUUAUUAUAUGUAAAUUGGAUAGUAUUCACGAAUAAAUAAUCACU